AUGGGUUACAAGGGGUUAGAGAAGGUUACAGUGGGUUACAAGGGGUUACAGGAGGUUAUAUGGGGUUACAGUGGUUUACAAGGGGUUACAGAAGGUUACAGGAGGUUACAAGGGGUUACAGGAGGUUACAUGUGGUUACAAGAGGUUACAAUGGGGGUUACAAUGGGUUACAGAGGGUACCAAGGGGUUACAGAGGGUUACAAGGGGUUACAGGGGAUUGCAAGGGUUUCCAAGAAGAUACAGUGGGUUACACGAGGUUACAGGGGGUUACAAGGGGUUACAUGGGGUUACAGAGGGUUACAAGGGCUUACAGGGGGUUACAAGGGGUUACAAGGGCUCACAGGGGAUUACAAGAAGUUACAGAAGGUUACAGGGGGUUACAAGGGGUUACAGGAGGUUACUUGGGGUUAUAAGAAGAUACAGGGUGUUACAAGGGGUUACAGAGGGUAGCAAGGGGUUCCACGGGUUACAAGGGGUGACAGAGGGUUACAAUGGGUUAGAGGGGGUUACAAGGGGUUAUAGGGUGUUACAAGUGCUUACACAAUGGGUUAUAAGGGGUUAGAGAAGGUUACAGUGGGUUACAAGGGGUUACAGGAGGUUACAUGGGGUUACAGUGGGUUACAAGGGGUUACAGAAGGUUAAAGGAGGUUACAAGGGGUUACAGGAGUUACAUGUGGGGUUACAUGUGGUUACAAGAGGUUACAGGGGGUUACAAGAGGUUAGAGAGGGUUAAUAGGGGUUACAGAGGGUUACAAAACCUCACGAGACGUUACAAGGGGAUAGAGGAGGUUAUAGAGGAUUACAAGGGGUUUCAGGGGGUUACAAGGGGUUCCAGGGGGGUACAAAGGGAUACAGAGGGUUACAACGGGUUUCAAGAGGUUACGUGGGGUUAGAAGGGGUUAGAAGGGGUUACAAUAGGUUAGAGAGGUGACAAUGGGCUACAAGGGCUUCCAGAAGGUUACAAGGGGUUACAGGGGGUGACAGGGGGUUACAUUGGGUUACAGGUGGUAACAACGGGUUACAGGGGUUACAGAAGAUUACAAUGGGUUACAGGUGUUACAAGGGGUUACAUAGGGUUGCAAAAGGUUACAGAAGAUUACAAGGGGUUAAAGAGGGUUACAAGGGGUUACAGGGGUUUAAGAGGUGUUACAAGGAGUUAUAAUGGGUUACAAGGGGUUGCAGAAGGUUACAGGGGGUUACAAGGGGUUAGAGGAGGUUAUAUGGGAUUACAGUGGGUUACAAGGGGUUACAGAAGGUUACAGGAGGUUAAAAGGGGUUACAGGAGGUUACAUGUGGUUACAGGAGGUUACAGGGGGUUACAAUGGGUUACAGAGGGUACCAAGGGGUUACAAGGGGUUACAGGGGAUUGCAAGGGUUUCCAAGAGGAUACAGGGGUUUACACGAGGUUACAGAGGGUUACAAGGGCUUACAGGGGAUUACAAGGGCUUACAAGGGCUUACAGGGGAUUACAAGAAGUUACAGAAGGUUACAGGGGGUUACAAGGGGUUAUAAGAGGUUACUUGGGGUUAUAAGAAGAUACAGGGUGUUACAAGGGGUUACAGAGGGUAGCAAGGGGUUCCAGGGGUUACAAGGGGUUACAAUGGGUUACAGGGGGUUACAAGGGGUUAUAGCGUGUUACAAGUGCUUAUAGGGGGUUACAAGGGGUUACAGGAAAUUAAAGUGGGUUACAAAAGGUUGCGGGAGGUCACAAGGGGUUACAAGAAGUUCCAGGGGGUUAUAAGGGGUUACAGAGGGUUUCAACGGCUUACAGGGGAUUACAAGGGGUUACAAGGGCUUACAGGGGAUUACAAGAAGUUACAGAAGGUUACAGGGGGUUACAAGGGGUUACAGGGGAUUACAAGAAGUUACAGAAGGUUACAGGGGGUUACAAGGGGUUAUAAGAGGUUACUUGGGGUUAUAAGAAGGUACAGGGUGUUACAAGGGAUUACAGAGGGUAGCAAGGGGUUCCAGGGGUUACAAUGGGUUACAGGGGGUUACAAGGGGUUAUAGGGUGUUACAAGUGCUUAUAGGGGGUUACAAGGGGUUACAGGAAAUUAAAGUGGGUUACAAAAGGUUGCGGGAGGUCACAAGGGGUUACAAGAAGUUCCAGGGGGUUAUAAGGGGUUACAGAGGGUUACAAGGGCUUACAGGGGAUUACAAGGGGUUACAAGGGCUUACAGGGGAUUACAAGGGGUUACAAGGGCUUACAGGGGAUUACAAGAAGUUACAGAAGGUUACAGGGGGUUACAAGGGGUUACAGGAGGUUACUUGGGGUUGUAAGAAGAUACAGGGUGUUACAAGGGAUUACAGAGGAUACCAAGAGGUUCCAGGGGUUACAAGGGCUUACAGAGUGUUACAAUGGGUUACAGGGGUUUACAAUGGGUUAAAGGGUGUUACAAGUGCUUACAGGGGGUUACAAGGGGUUACAUUAAAUUACAGUGGGUUACGAGGGGUUAUGGAAGGUCACAAGGGGUUACAAGAAGUUCCAGGGGGUUACAUGGGGUUACAGAGGGUACAAGGGGUUACAAGGGAUUACAGGGGGUUACCGGGGGUUACAAGAGGUUACAGGGGGUUACAAGGGAUCAGAGAGCGUAACAAGGGGUUACAGUAGGUUACAAGUGCUUACAGGGGCUACAAGGUUUUACAAAGAGUUGCGAGGGGUUAGAGAUUGUUACAACGGGUUAAUAGAGGAUACAGGGGGUUACAAUGGGUUACAUGGGGAUAAAAGAGGUUACAAGGGGUUACAAGAGGUUACAGGGGGUUACAUAAGGAUAACAGGGGGUUACAAGGGGUUACAAAGGGAUACAAGGGGUAUCAGAGGGUUACAAGGGGUUACAGAGGGUUAGAAGCGGUCACAGCGGGUUACAAGGGGUUACAGGGUGUUACAGUGGGUUAAAAUGGGUUACAAGGGUUACAACGGGUUACAAGGUGUUAUAAAGGGUUACGAGAAGUUGCAGGGGGUUACAGGGGUUACAAGGUGUUACAAGGGGUUAAAUGGGAUUACAAGAGGUUACAGAGGGUUACAAGGGGUUAGAGCGGGAUAUAAGCGGUUACAGAGGGUUACAAGGAGUUACAGAGGGUGACAAGGCGUUACAGAGGGUUUCAUUGGUUUACAAGGGGUUAUAAAGGGUUACAAGGGGUUACAGGGGGUUACAGGUAGUUAAAAAGAGUUAGAGGGGAUUGCAAAAGGUUACAGGGGGUUGCAAGGGGUUACACGAGGUUACAGGGGGUUACAAGGGGUGACAGGGGGCUACAAGAUGUUUUAUUGGAUUGCAAGGGGUUGCAGAGGGUUAUAAGAGGUUACAGAGUGUUACAAGGGGCUAAAAAGGGUUACAGGGGAUUGGUAAAUGUUAGAGACGGUUAGAUGGGUUACAGGGGGUUACAAGGGGUGUCAGUGGCUUGCAAAAGGUUACAGGGGGUUACAAGGGGUUACAUAGUGUUACAGGGGGUUACAGCGGGUUAAAAAAGGUUACAAGGGGUUAUAAGCGGUUACAGAGGGUUGCAAGAGGUUUCACAAGGUUACAAGGGGUUACAAGGGGUUACAGAGGGUUAAAAGAGGUUACGAGAAGUUACAAGGGGUUAGAGUAGGUUAUAGAGGAUUACAAAAGGGUUACAGGGGGUUACAACGGGUUACAAAGGGUUACAACUGGUUACAGAAGGUUACAAGGGAUUACAAGAGGUUACAGAAGGUUACUAGGGGUUACAUGGGGUUACAUGGGGUUACAAGGGCUUACAGGGUGUUACAAGGGGUUAGAGGGAGUGAGAGGGGCUUACAGAGGUUACAGGUUACAAGGUUACAAGGGGUAACUGGGGGUUAAUAGUGGUUAGAGAGGGUUACAAAGGGUUACCAGAGGUUAGAAGGGGUUACGGAAGGUUACUGGAGAUUACAAGCGGCUACAAGGGGGUACAGAGGGUUACAAGGGGUUACAGAAGGUUACAAGGGGUUACAAAGGGUUAAAGGGGUUACAGAGAGUUACAAUAGGUUACAGGGGUUACAAGGGGUUACAAGGAUUUACAGAUGGUUACAAGGGGUUUGAAGGGGUUACAGGGGGAUACAAGAGGCUACAGAGGGUGAAAAUGGGUUACAGAAAGUUACAAGGGCUUACAGGGGGUUACAAGGGGUCACAGGGGGCUACAAGAUGUUUUAUUGGGUUGCAAGGGGUUACAGGGGGUUACAAGAGGUUAAAGAGUGUUACAAGGGGUUAAAGAGGGUUACAGGGGAUUGGUAAACGUUAGAGACGGUUAGAGGGGUUACAGGGAGUUACAAGGGGUGUCAGUGGCUUGCAAGAGGUAACAUAGUGUUACAAGGGGUUACAUGGGGUUAAAAAAGGUUACAAGGGGUUAUAAGCGGUUACAGAGGGUUGCAAGAGGUUUCACAAGGUUACAAGGGGUUACAGAGGGUUAAAAAAGGUUACGAGAGGUUAGAAGCGGUUAGAGGAGGUUACAGAGGAUUACAAAAGGGUUACAGGGGGUCACAACGGGUUACAAAGGGUUACAACUGGUUACAGAAGGUUACAAGGGAUUACAAGAGGGUUACAUGGGGUUACAGCGGGUUACAAGGGCUUACAGCGUGUUACAAGGGGUUAGAGGGGGUUAGAGGGGUUUACAGAGGUUACAGGAGGUUACAGGGGGUUACAAGGGGUUACAGAAGGUUACAAGGGGUAACUGGGGGUUAAUAGUGGUUAGAGAGGGUUACAAAGGGUUACCAGAGGUUAGCAGGGGUUACAGAGGGUUACAGGAGAUUACAAGCGGCUACAAGGGGGUAUAGAGGGUACAAGGGGUUACAGAAGGUUACAGGGGGUUACAAAGGGUUACAGGGGGUUACAGAGAGUUACAAUAGGUUACAGGGGUUACAAGGGGUUACAAGGAUUUAAAGAUGGUUACAAGGGGUUUGAAAUGGUUACAGGGGGAUACAAUAGGCUACAGAGGGUUACAAGGGGUUACAGAAGGUUGCAAGGGGUUAGAGAAGGCUACAAGGGAUUAGAAGAGGUUACAGGAGGUUUCAUGGGUUUACAAGAGGUUACAGGGGGUUACAAGGGGUUACAGAGGAUUGAAAGGGGUUACAAGGGGUUAAUAGCGGUUACUGAGGGUUACAAAGGGUUACAAGAGGUUACAAGGGCUUAGAGGAGGUUACAGAGGAUUACAAUUGGUUUCAAAGGGUUACAAACGGUUUCAAGGGGUUACGAGGGGCUAGAGAGGGUUAGAAGGGGUUACAGGAGGUUACAGGGGGUUACAAGGGGUUAUAGGAGUUUACAGAAGGUUACAAUAGGUUGCAGGGCUAACAGGAAGUUACAAGGGUUUACAGAGGGUUACAAGGGGUUACAGGGGGUUACAGGGGGUUACAAGAGAUUAGAGAAAGUUACAGGGGGUUACAAGGGGAUACAAGAGGUUACAAAGGGUUAUGGGGUUGCUGGGGGAUAGAGGGGGUUACAAUGGAUUACAAAGGGUUACAAGUGCGUACAGGGGUUUACAACGGGUUACAAAAAGUUACAAGGGGUUAUAGGAACAUACAGGGAGUUACAUGGGGUUACAAGGCGUUACAGAGGGUUACAAAGGCUUACAGGGGGUUACAAGGGGUUACAGGAGGUUAUAUCGGGUUACAAGGGGUUACAGAGAGUUACCAGAGGUUACAGGAGGUUACAAAAUGUUACAACGGGUUAGGUUGGUUACGAAGGUUUACAAAAGGUUACGGGGUUACAAGAUGUUACAGGAGUUUACAGGGGGUUACAUAGGGUUACAGAGGGUACCAUUGGGUUACAGGGGGUUACAAGGGGUUACAGGAGGUUAUAUCGGGUUACAAGAAGUUACAGAGAGUUACCAGAGGUUACAGGAGGUUACAAGGUGUUACAACGGGUUACAGUGGGUUACGAGGGGUUACAAAAGGUUACAGGGGUUACAAUAUGUUACAGGAGGUUACAGGGGGUUACCAGAGGUUACAGGGGGUUACAUAGGGUUACAGAGGGUACCAUUGGGUUACAGGGGGUUACAAGGGGUUAUGGAGAGUUACAAGGGGUUACAAAGGGUUAAAAGGGGUUACAUGUGGUUACAAGAGGUUACAGGGAUGGUUAGAAUGGGUUAAAGAGGGUACCAAGGGGUUAAAAGGGGGUUAAAAGGGGUUACAGAGGGUUACAAUGGGUUACAAGGGUUUACGAGGUGUUACAAGGAGUUACAGUGGGUUACAAUGGUUUACUUAAGGUUACAGGGGGUUACAAGGGGUUAGAGGAGGUUACAUGGGGUUACAAGAAGUUACAGGGGGUAACAAGGGGUUACAGAGGGUACCAAAGUGUUACAAAGGGUUACAGAGGGUUACAAGGGGUUACAAGGGGUUACAGCGGGUUACAAGGAAUUACGGGGGGCUACAAGGGGUUACAGGGGGUUACAAAAGGUUACAAGGGGUUGCAAGGGGUUACACGAGGUUAGAGGGGGUUACAAUAGGUUUCAUUUUGUUUCAAGGGGAUUCAGGGGGUUACAAGAAGUUACAGAGUGUUACAAGGAGUUAAAGAGGGUUACAGGGGGUUGAUAAAUGUUACAGGCGGUUACAGCGGGUUACAGGGGGUUACAAGGGGUUUCAGUGGGUUACAAGGGGUUACAUAGUGUCACUAGGGGUUACGGGGGGUUAAAAAAGGUUACAGGGGGGUAUUAAUACUAUAAAGGAAAUAAAGGGAGAUGUAAAGAAUCAACCAUAAGAGGACACAGAAAAAAUCUGAGCGCCAGAUGAGAUUCGAACCCACGACCCUCCGGAGGGUCUUGGGUUCGAAUCCCAUCUGAGGCUCAGAUUUUUCUGUCCUCUUAUGGUUGAUUCUUUACAUCUCACUUUAUUUCCUUUACAAGGGGGUACAAGCGGUUACAGAAGUUUACAAGGGGUUACAGGGGGAUACAGAGGGUUACAAAAGGUUACGAGAGGUUGGAGGAGGUUACAGAGGAAUACAAGGGGUUACAGGGGGUUACAAGGGGUUACAGAGGGUUAGAAGGGCUUACAGGGGGUUACAAGUGCUUACAGAGGGUUACAACGGGUUACAAAGGGUUACAAGGGGUUACAGAAGGUUAGAAGGGGUUACAAGAGGUUACAAGGGGUUACAAGGAGUUACAGCGGGUUACAAGGGGUUACAUGGGGUUACAGAGGGUUACAAGGGAUUAGAGGAAGUUACAAGAGGUUAGAGGGAGUUACAAGGGGUUACAGUGGUUUAAAGAGGUUACAGGAGGUUACAGGGGGUUACAAGAUGUUACAGAAGGUUACAAGGGGUUACUGGGGGUUAAUAGGGGUUAGAGAGGGUUACAAAGGGUUACCAGAGGUUAGAAGGGGUUACAGAAGGUUAUUGGUGAUUACAAGGGGUUACAAGGGGGUACAGAGGGUUACAAGGGGUUACAGGAGGUUACAGUUGGUUAGAAGGAGUUACAGGCGGUUACAAAAGGUUACAGGGGGUUGCAAGAGGUUACACAAGGUUACAGGGGGUUACAAUGGGUUUCAUUUUGUUUCAAGGGGUUUCAGGGGGCUACAAGAGGUUACAGAGUGUUACAAGGAGUUAAAGAGAGUUACAGGGGGUUGAUAAAUGUUACAGGCGGUGACAGCGGGUUACAGGGGUUACAAGGGGUUUCAGUGGGUUACAAGGGGUUACAUAGUGUUACUAGGGGUUACGGGGGGUUAAAAAAGGUUACAGGGGGAUAUUAAUACUAUAAAGGAAAUAAAGGGAGAUGUAAAGAAUCAACCAUAAGAGGACACAGAAAAAAUCUGAGCCCCAGAUUGGAUUCGAACCCACUACCCUCCGGAGGGUCGUGGGUUCGAAUCCCAUCUGGGGCUCAGAUUUUUCUGUCCUCUUAUGGUUGAUUCUUUACAUCUCACUUUAUUUCCUUUACAAGGGGGUACAAGCGGUUACAGAAGUUUACAAGAGGUUACAGAAGGUUACAAGGGGUUACAGGGGGAUACAGAGGGUUACAAAAGGUUACGAGAGGUUAGAGGAGGUUACAGAGGAUUACAAGGGGUUACAGGGGGUUACAAGAGGUUACAGAGGGUUAGAAGGGCUUACAGGGGGUUACAAGUGCUUACAGAGGGUUACAACGGGUUACAAAGGGUAUCAAGGGGUUACAGAAGGUUAGAAGCGGUUACAAGAGGUUACAAGGGGUUACAAGGAGUUACAGUGGGUUACAAGGGGUUACAUGGGGUUACAGCGGGUUACAAUGGAUUAGAGGAAGUUACAAGAGGUUAGAGGGGGUUGCAAGGGGUUACAGGGGUUUAAAGAGGUUACAGGAGGUUACAGGGGCAUACAAGAUGUUACAGAAGGUUACAAGGGGUUACUGGGGGUUAAUAGGGGUUAGAGAGGGUUACAAAGGGUUACCAGAGGUUAGAAGGGGUUACAGAAGGUUAUUGGAGAUUACAAGGGGUUACAAGGGGGUACUGAGGGUUACAAGGGGUUACAGGAGGUUACAGGGGGUUACCAAUAGUUACCGGGGGUUACAAAAGGUUACAGGGGGUUGCAAGGGGUUACAAGGGGUUACAAGGGGUUUGGAGGGGUUACAGGGGGGUACAAGAGGUUACAGAGGGUUACAAGGGGUUACAGAAGGUUACAUAGGGUUACAAAAGGUUACAGAGAGUUAGGAGGGGUUAGAGGGGAUUACAAGGUGUUACAAGGGGUUACAGUGGGUUAGAAGGGGUUACAGAAGGUUACAUGGGGUUAGAAGAGAUUACAGGAAGUUACAUGGGGUUACAAGAGGGUAGAGGGUGGUAGCAAGGGGUUACAGAAUGUAUCAAGGAAUUAUAGGUGGUUACAACGGGUUACAAAGGGUUACAAAGGGUUAUAAGAGUUUACAGGGGGUUACAAGUGGUUACAUGGGGUAAGAGAGGGUUACAAGGGGUUACAGCAGGUUAAAAGGGGUUACAAGAGGUUGCAAGGGUUUACAAGGGGUUAGAGAUGGUUACAUGGGAUUAGAAGGGGUUACAGGAGGUUUCAUGGGUUUACAAGAGGUUACAGGGGGUUACAAGAGGCUACAAGGGCUUAGAGGAGGUUACAGUGGAUUACAAGUGGUUUCAAAGGGUUUCAAGCGGUUUCAAGUUACAGGGGGCUACAAGGGGUUAUAGGGAGUUACAGAGGGUUACAAUAGGUUGCAGUGGUAACAGGAAGUUACAAGGGUUUACAGAGGGUUACGAGGGGUUACAUGGGGUUACAGGGGGUUACACGGGGUUACAAGAGAUUAGAGAAAGUUACAAGGGGUUACAGGGGGUUACAAGAGGUUACAAAGGGUUAAGGGGUUGCCGGGGGAAAGAGGGAGUUACAAGGGGUUACAAAGGGUUACAAGUGCGUACAGGGGUUUACAAGGGGUUAAAAAACGUUACAAUGGGUUACAAAGGGCUACAACAGGUUAAGGGGGUUACAAGGGGUUACAGGAACAUACAGGGAGUUACAAGGGGUUACAUGGGUUUACAGAGGGUUACAAAGGCUUACAGGGGGUUACAAGGGGUUGCAUUAGGUUAUAUGGGGUUACAAGAAGUUACAGAAAGUAAUCAGAGGUUACAGGAGGUUACAAGGUGUUACAACGGGUUACAGUGGGUUACGAGGGGUUACAAAAGGUUACAGGGGUUACAAGAUGUUACAGGGGGUUACAUAGGGUUACAGACGGUACCAUUGGGUUACAUGUGGUUACAAGAGGUUACAGGGGGUAACAAGGGGUUAAAGAGGGUUACCAAAGGUCACAAGGGUUUACAAGGUGUUACAGGGAGUUACAGUGGGUUACAAUGGGUUACGGAAGGUUACAGGGGGGUACAAGGGGUUACAGGAGGUUACAUGGGGUUACAAGCAGUUACAGGGGAUAAGAAGGGGUUACAGAGGGUACCAAGGGAUUACAGGGGGUUACAAAGGGUUGCAGCCUGUUACAAGGGGUUACAAGGGGUUACAAGAGGUUACAGGGGGGUUAAAAUGGGUUACAGAGGGUACCAAGGGAUUACAGGGGGUUACAAAGGGUUGCAGCCUGUUACAAGGGGUUACAGGGGGUUACAAGGGGUUACAGAGGGUUACAAGGGCUUACAGCGGGUUACAAGGGUGUACGGGGGGUUACAAGAAGUUACAUGGGGUUCCAAGGGGUUACAGGAGGUUACAAGGGGUUACAGAGGGUUACAAGGGGUUACAGGGAGUUAGAAGCGGUCACAGAGGGUUUCAAGGGGUUACAAGACGUUAAGGGGGUUACAAUGGUUUACAUUAACAUACAGGGAGUUACAAGGGGUUACAUGGGGUUACAGAGGGUUACAAAGGCUUAAAGGGGGUUACAAGGGGCUACAGCGGGUUACAAGGAUUUACGGGGGGUUACAAGAAGUUACAGGGGGUGUCAAGGGGUUACACGAGGUUACAAGGGGGUUACAGAUUGUUACAAUGGGUUAUAGGGGGUUACAAGCAGUCACAGAGGGUUAAAAGGUGUUACGGCGGGUUACAAAGGGUUAAAAGAGAUUUGAAGGGGUUA